AUGCAGCAGAUGCUGGCUGAGACCUACAAGAACAAACUCAUCCAAAUGACCUACGAGUCUCGUCGGCAAGACCUUGUCAGCCAGGCCUGCUCCAGCCUAGCUGAGAUGGAUCAGAAGUUUCAGCAAAUCCUGGCUUGGCAACAGCUGGAUCAGAACAAAGCUGUCAGUCAGAUCCUGCAGCAGAUUGAGAUGCAGAAAGCUGCCUUUGAAGCUCUCCAGGUGAAGAAGGACCUAAUGCACAGGCAGAUCAGGAACCAGAUUAAAUUAAUAGAAACAGAGUUAUUGCAGUUGACACAGCUGGAGUUAAAGAGGCAAGAACUGGACACAGAGACGCUGCAGGGGGUGGUCACAGAGCAACGCCAAGCGCUCGGCCGCCUGCUGCAGCAGCUGCUCAAGGAGAAGAAGCAAAGGGAGGAAGAACUGCAACAAGUCCUGCUGGAAAUGGAGGCAAAGAGUGAAACCAAACAGGAGAACUACUGGCUGAUCCAGUCCCAAAACGCCUCCCCCCCUAAACCUCACAGUGUGGAAGCUCACUCUUUUUUGCAGGAGAAGGGUUUGGAGCAGCAGCUGGUGAACCUUCUGCUCGAGCUCUCUGCUGAACACUAUGUGCCAAUCUUCGCUCACCACCGAAUAUCCUUGGAGGUGCUCAGCACCAUGACUGCCAGUGACCUGGAAAAGCUCGGUGUGAGGGAGGCUGGCCUGCAGCAUGCCAUCCUCAGGAGGGCUCAGGAGAUCCUGGCGGUGGCCAAGACGAUCCCAGAGCUGCAGAGGACAGUGGACACCGAGGUCCCUGCGGCCCCAGAGCCCAGCGCUCCCCUGGAGGAGCCUCUGAGCCCCGAGGGCCCCACGGCUCCACCGCUGCAGUGGGAUCACAAGUCGGAGUGUGUUGUCUGCAUGGAGCAGGAGACCCAGAUGAUUUUCCUGCCCUGUGGCCAUGUCUGCUGCUGCCAGAGCUGCUGUGAGCGGCUGCACACGUGUCCCCUGUGCCGCCAGGACAUCGCACAGCGCAUCCGCAUCUUCCACAGCGCCUAG